AUGUGCGGGAGUCCAGUGAUGUCCACUGGCUCCCGCCAAUCGGUGAGGCACUCACCACCGUGCCUCCCACCACUCCCGGUCAUCGGAGUGGCGUCACCGUGCGCGGCGGCCACACCAUCACCACCACCUGUGAGAGGCGGCCUUAAGAGGACGCCCCCGCCGCAAUAUCAUCCAAGGCCGACGACACCGGUGCCUGAGCGGGGGCAGCAGCAUGGCGCGGCGCGGCCAUCACCACCGGACAGCGAGGGGGACGAGGGUGAGCCGUGGCGAGUACACAUGGGGAGAAGAGCGGGGAGGCGCUGCUUGCGAGACUCCACGCUCGACUCCGAGUCCCCGUCGAUUGCGCGGUCGCGUGCGCCGGCGAGUGCGUCGCCAACAGCGUCGGCGAAUAUUCGCGUUAACAUCAGCCCACGCGAAGUCGUCAUUAUUGACGAAAAUAAUAAUAAUAGUAGGAAGGAAACGGCCCCACCCAUCGUGACGACCCCACCAUCUUUGUCGCCGGGGGCGGCAAGUCGUCGCGGGACAUCGCCGGAGGAUCGCGAGGAAGGAGAUACCCGGGACGGUACUGGAGAUGAGCACUCGUCAACUGUCAGCAUGUGA